ACUUGACCACCAUCACUUUCAUCGUCGUCACUACCAUCACCCACCCCACACCAUCGCCAAAAUGAACUCUCUCAACGCACUCGGAAAUCGCCAGGUCGCAAGUCUGCAAGCAGACCUCGCACGCUUCGAGCAGGGAGAAGGCGGACCAAGCAUUCAGGGCCAGAUCACCACGACCCUCUCCGCCCUCUCGCGCUUGGUAGACGACUAUGACUCGAUGGCGCGCAGGGAGAUGAACACGGCGGCGAGAGAGAAGGCCAACACCCGUGUCCUCAAGCUCAAGACGGAGCACAAGGACCUCAAGGGGCGAUUUGAGAAGGCAAAGUCGGAGGGCCAGCAACGAAACCGCGAUCAACUGCUCGGAUCAUCGACAGCAAUGGGCGCCGGACCAAACUCGACAGCGACGAUGCGACGCAACCCCAACGGGCAGGGCUUCUCCGAAUCACCCUUUGGCGGGGGAACGCCCAACCUCUUCCAGCCGAACCAGCGCGAGGACUUUGCCCUCCGCGAACACAGCUUCAUCCAGGAGUCGGAGAACAACAUCGACCAGUACAUUGCGCAGGGGCGCGCAGUGCUCGAGAACCUCAUCGAGCAGCGCGGUAUCCUCAAGGGCACCCGCCGCCGCCUGCUCGACGCGGCCAACACGCUCGGCCUGUCGCGCGAGACGAUUGCCUGGGUCGAGAAGCGAGCCAAGCAGGACGCGUGGAUCUUCUUCGCCGGCGCGACCUUCACCAUCUUCUCCUUCUGGCUCAUCUGGCACUACCUCGGCUAGACACUGCACUUAUCACCACCUUAUAAUGUCGACGACCUCACUGCAUAUGACACG